AUGCCUCAACCAAAAGUAAAGAUUUUAGGCGUUGUUUAUGGUAUUGGCAUGAACAUAAACAACAUAAUUGGGUCAGGAAUUGUAACCGUACCAGGAAUUAUUUGGAAUUCAGUACAAUCCCCAACAGUCGUAUUAAUAUUAUGGGUUAUAGGUGGACUCGUUAGUAUGCUAGGAUCGUUAUCCUACGUUGAACUUGGUGUUAAACAUAAAAUAAGUGGAGGAGAAACAAAAUAUUUGCAAACAGCAUUUCCGAAUCCAAAAUAUUGCAUUAGUUAUCUUUUUAGCUUCAUGUGCAUUACCGCAAUCAAGCCAGCAAUCACAAGUGCGGUUUUACAAUCUGCGGCGCAAUAUUUUUGGUAUACUAUUAAAGAGGAUCAAUAUAAAUAUGAAAUUAAAUAUGAGAAAAUUGGAUGGACCCUUCCAUUUUCUCCAUUUUGGACUAUAAAAUUAAUUGCGAUUGCAAUUUUAUUUGUUAUAACUGCUUAUCAUAUGAUUAAUAAUAGAUUGGCUAACAUGAUAAAUCAAUCCCUUGCAAUUAUAAAAUUAAUUACAUAUACCAUGAUUGCUAUAGCCGGUCUUUUUCAAUUAUCAACGGAUACAAGCCGGAAUAAUUGGCAAUACUCAAAGAGUGUAAAUACAGAUUUUACUGCUUACUCUUCUGCUUUCUUAUUGGUUAUGUUUAGUUAUAACGGAUGGAAUACUUUAAAUUACUCGCUGGACGAAUUUAAAAAGGUAGAAAAGAAACUUCUUUUUAGUAAUAGUAUCAGCGUAUUAAUUGUUACAGUAUUAUAUUUUUUUGUAAACGUUGCAUAUAUUUCUGUUGUCACCCAAGAAUACGUAUUUAAUCAUGAAAACGAGAAUGAAGUUAUAGGCGCAAUAUUUUUUAAUAAUUUAUUUAAUGAUCGAAAAAGUAUCGUCAGAAUAUUUACUUUUCUAAUUGUACUUUCCGUAAUUGGUACUGCUGCAUCAAAUAUAUGGAGCGGCUCAAGAGUUAUUGUUGCAGCAGCCGAGUCGGAUUAUUUUCUUUCUCGAUAUUCGCGCAAAUUGAGCACAUUACACGAAAGUCGCGACACGCCAAUCAAUGCUUUAUUAGCACAAUUCAUUUGGUGCUCGAUGUUUAUAUUGAUGGGUAGUAGUUUUACUAUUACGAGCUUUCAAUUUUAUUCAAAGUUUUCAAUAUAUAGCGGUUGGAUCUUUUACUUUGCUACUGGCAUAGGUUUGCUAGUAAUUCGAAAUAGAGAGAACAAAAAAUUACAGAAAAAUAAGAUGGAUAAAAGUGAUAGUGAACUGGAUCUAAAUCAUGACGAAAAUAGUGAAACUAGUGAAGUAAACAAAUUGUAUACAGCUCCAUUAUCUUUAGUUUGGCUUUUUGUAUUGGUAGGAUUAUUUAUAAUCAUAUCUGCUUUUAUUGUUCAAGUCCAUUGCUCAUCUGAUCCACAUGACUGUAAAAAAGACAGAAUUCAUAAAAUGACACCAUUUUUGUUCAGUUAUGCAUUUCUCUUUGCUGCUCUAACGUUUUGGUACUAUUAUUGGUGGAAAAGUAAGAAAAAUGAAGCUUAA